AUGUCCUGUUCAGGUACUGCAGACACGCCUACAAUAUCAGCAUCGCCAUUGCCUCUCAAUUUCUUGGAUUUACCUAUCAAGAUACGUAACAACAUAUACAAACAAGUUCUCGUUUUACCUCAUCCACUUCACAUCUUCCAAGACCCAGGAUGUCCACUGGAAGCUUUUGCACCCGAAAAACCCGGCUCAUGGCUUGCAUUGACCUACGUCAGCCGACAAAUAUCGGACGAGACCAGAAUGACUUUGUAUAGUAUGAAUCGGUUCAUCUUCCACGAGAUGGAGACGGCGUGUCGUCCAGGCACUGUCUUGGAGUCCUUCCUAAACUGUAUCGGACCUAAAAAUUCCGGGGUCUUGUCUCAUCUAUGCAUCAACUUUCCGGUCACCGAGCACAUAUCAGGCGCCUCUAGAGAGCCGAGACUCGCAGAUGGCUUGCGAAGAUUACAGCUAUUACGACAAAGCUGUGCCAAUUUGAAGACAUUGGAGAUGCUCAUCUUCGGACAAUUUGCCAACAUUCUGGUCGCAAAUGACCAGAUGAACAAUGUGUCCAUUCGGAAGAUAUGCCUGGAGGUCGAUGCCCAGAUAAAGGAAAUAGCACCCCUAGAUACCAUUGUUGUCAGGAUAUAUAAUAACGGUACUCCAGCCGCAGUACGAGAGUUUCUACAAGAGCUUGGAUGGAUUGUCAAGUUUGGCGACGCUUAA